GGUUUGUGUAUACUGAAUAGCACGUGUUCUUUGAAUCAUUCCUUUUUCAUCCGUCUGUCGUCAGAUCAGUGUUAACUGUUUUAUGAAAUUUCAUCCAUACAUUUAUAAUGAAAGUAAAAACUGUUCCAUCAAAAAAAAUGCCUUCAAAAAAACUUUUAGGAGGGGCUAUACAGAAAAAAAAGUUUUCGAAACCUACUGGUGGAGUUUUGAAAAACAUAGUGAAAAUCUCUGAUGCGUUUGAAGAUCUGAAGUCUGGCAACGAUCUUACAGGGAUAUCUUGUUCAAAAGAGCCUAAACAAGUUAAAAAAAGUGCAGCUAAGGAUAAAAUAAAAGCAGACGGUAAGGUACCUAAAAAUAAAGUUGACGUUAAGAAAAAAGGGGACAAGAAGACUGUUGUGGAACCCAAACAGAAGAAACCUAAGAAAGAUAUAGCUGAUGGUGCAUCAAAACUUUCAAUGAAAUCAAAGGUACUGGAAUCCAAACUAACGACGGAAGUGAAUACUAAUGAGAGCGAUCCUAAACUUGAUAUAAAAAAAGUUGAGGCAGCUGUCAAUGGACUUUUUACAUUGAUAAAAAAUGAUUCAACUUUACCUAAAAAUGAAUUAUGGGACGAUGCUACACCUAUACAUUUAGUAAUUACUGCAGUUAAAAUGGGAGUCGGUCCAAAACGUGUUGUUCGAAUUGCAUUACCGAAUUCACUGAUAACUGAUACAACAGAUAUAUGCCUCAUAGUACCAGAUCUUGUGCGUGGUCGGAAUGUGGACCAUGAGAAAACUUAUCAUCAUUAUAAAGAUUUAUUGGCUAAAAAUGGCAUUAAAAAUAUAAAAACUAUUUUGCCUGCAAGACAAAUUCGAGUGGAGUUUAAUGAAUAUGAGGCUAGAAGAAAUUUGUGUAAUUCACAUGAUAUAUUUUUAAUUGAUCAGAAAAUAAGUGGAUUUUUGGUUAAGAAAUUAGGAAAAGAAUUUUAUAUUAAAAGAAAGCUCCCAAUUACUGUUAAAUUGGCAAAAAAGCACUUAAAAGCUGAAAUAGAAUCAAAGUUACAUAAAACAUCUUUUUUCCUCGAUUACAAGGGCACUACAAAAACUGUUCAAGUUGGUCAUAUGAAACAAACUGCUCAACAAGUUGCGGAAAAUAUCGUAGCUACCUUUAAUAAUUUAGCACAUAGUUAUCCGGGUGGUCUAAAAAAUAUCAGGUGUCUGUUGAUUAAAGGUCCAACAUCUGAAUCGUUACCUGUAUAUUAUUCAUUGAUAUCUAGGAAUGAAGUUCAAGGACCAUAUACUAAAUCUAAAUUGUAUUCUAAGGAUAAAGAAGUUGAAGGUGAAUUGUUUGGAAAACGUGUAUUAGUAAAACCAAAUGGUGAUGUCACAGUUUUGUCGGGAUCUGAAGAAGAAUCAGAUUUUGAUGAUGACGAUGAUGUUAAUGUUAAUGUUAAAAAAAAUAAACAAAAUGACAGUGACGAAUCUGGUAUUGAGGAUGAUAAUGAAGAGGAUGAAAAAUCUGACGUUUCAAUAGAUGAUGAAAUUGAGAAGGAUGAAAUUAAAAAUGAUGGUUUAGAAUCUGAUGAAGCUGAUUCUGAAGGUGAAAAGGGUGAUGACGCUGAAGAAGAAUACUUGAUGGAAUUUGAAGAAACUAAAAAAUUACAGUCAAAAAAGAAAAAGAAGCAAGAAAAGGAAGAAACUAUUGACACAAAUGUAGAAAAGGAUAUUCCACAAAACAAAAAUAAAAAUAAAAAUAAAUCCCCAAAAGCUAUAAAUAACAAAAUUACUAAAGCAAUCAAAAAGAAAAAAUCAAUGAAGUAA